AUGUUUAGCUCCAGCGGUUGCUAGCGGCACUUCCUCCGCUUGUGCUGAGAGACAGAAAUCUGUCCGGGAACAAAACAUUAGCCAGCACUACAAGUAUUGAGCGGGUUUCCCCUCUUUUAUAUUUUAUUUUAAUAAAUGUAGGCCACUUUCCCGGCGUGUGCUGGAGCUGUGUGGGAGUCUAGGCUCUGUAUAGACUGUACACGCUGUGUAGUUUGGGAGUUGUUAUGUAAAGCAGAUGGAGAACAUGCUCAACAGUGUCGCUCUCCAGAAACAAAUCGCCUCCAUCAUGGACGUGCUGGCGAAAGCGGCCGUGGCGGAGAUCAGUAAGGUGGUGGAUGACGGCGUGGUGCUGCUGAGGCUGGAGAUCUGCGAGCGGGAGAACGAGAUCGACACGCUGAAGAGGAACCUGCAGAUCGUGUCUAAUGAGCUGCGGGCCACGCGCCGCGCUCUGGUGCGGGAGUGCGUGAGCGGCCGCGCGAGACAGUUAGAAGGUGUCCAAGAACAAGAAAAGAGAAGUACAGAAACAGAAUCCAGAAGGGAAAAUCUGAACAGGCGACAAAAAGAAGCCCCCACAUCGAUUCCCAGAGUGAAGGUAAAGAUUGAACGCAUAGAAGAUGAUGAGGACGUGCAGAUCGUGCAAGAUGCUUCAAGCCAAAACACAAGGACGGGGCUGCCGGUACAGUCUGGUUCUGCUGAGAAUGAAGAGCUCGCCCAGGUGUGGUCGUCAGAAGAAAAUGCAGAAAUGCACUCUCCUGAGUUUUUCCACUCCACAUAUGAUCCGGCACAUCACCGGUCAGACCCUGCUGCUGCUGUGGACAGGAGCUAUGAGCCACUUGAGGACAGAAUGGAGACGACGAGAUGUCAGAAUGGAGAAGACCUAGCCAGACAUAGCGAGCCCUCCACAGACAACCUGCACGUAGCUACGGAUGACUUACUGAGAGCACAAAACACCCACAAUGCCCUUAUACACCCACAUCCUGAGGGUCAGAGUAACUUCAGCCCUCUGGGUGGUGUUCCAGCCAGAGGGAGACCAGUGAACAGAGUAAUGGAUGUGGAAAAGAGACGGAUUCCCUGCAUGUUCUGUGGUAAGACCUUCGAUAGGCUCAGCCACGUGGAGAGGCAUCAGCGCAUACACACUGGAGAGAAACCUUUCAGCUGUGGGUUGUGUGGCCGGGGCUUCACACAGAAGAGCAGCUUGAAAAGCCACCUGAAGACCCAUCGAAUUGCUGGGUUGCCUGGUGAAGACGGCCACUUCAGUAACGAAUGGCAUAUGGCUCCUCAUUGUGAAGAACAGAUUGCUGCCCACGCCUUUAUAAACAGUCAAGAGACACACACUGAAGACCAGAAUCCUCACUUGUCAUCGUGCCUGCCUCAAGAAAAUACUCACUUCAUAAAUAUAGAGGGCGAGUGUUCUGAUCAUCCACCGGUAGAUCACCAGUCGGCACUUACUGAUCCAAACAGCAGCCCACCAGAUAGAAAAACCCAGAGCUAUGUUGACCUCUGUGAGUUGGAAGACCACGAUGAGGACGAUAAUGAUAACGAUGAUGAGGAUGAUGAUGAAGAGGACGACUAUGACGAUGAUGUGGUUUGUCUUCAGGAGGAGGGCACGAAGGAUGAGAAGAAAGCUGAGACUAAAGAUCAGGUGUUGAGCAAUUUUAAGCCAGAAAAGCCUCGACAACUCAACUCUGGAUCUGAAACAGUCAAAGGUGAAGAAGACAGAGUGGCUUUGAAUGCAAAUUCCGUAAAUGCAGUGAGCACUGGAAAAGACAUGGAGUCUGAUUGUUCUAGCAGGGCUGAAUACAGCGUACCUCAAAACAAGUAUCAGUUAGAAGCUACCUCAACCAUUGUACACUCGUGGGGAUCUCCUGUGACCAUCAACACCAAGGGGUUUGACAGCAACCACAGCAAUCAGAGCAAUUCCGUUGCUGUGAAGGAUGAGGAGGACAAUAACAUAUCAGCAGUCAUGGACCAAGAAGAGGCCAAUCCAGAGAUAUGUUACGCCAUGCAUUCUGAGGAACCCACCGUAGCUCCACCCAUAAACCACAUAUCUACAUCAGCUCCUCUUAGAACCACAGAGGCUAUAAUGCUGCCAAAUUUACCUCCCGACCCAAUACCUCAGACGCCCAAAGUAGCGAACGGGAUGCCGAGGAGGCGAGAAAGGCGCUUCAUCUGCGUUCAGUGCGGGAAAACGUUCGACCGGAUGAGCCACCUGGACCGGCACCAGCGCAUCCACACCGGAGAGAGGCCCUACAGUUGCAGCUUGUGCGGCAGGAGCUUCACACAAAAGAGCAGCUUGAAGGGUCACCUGCGGACACACUUGCAGGAACGGGGGUUCCACUGCUCCACCUGCGGAAUGAGCUUCCCCACGCGAGCAGGGCGUUACCGGCACUGCUGCCCCCAGAUCCAAGCGACGGGCUACUUAAGAUAACACUAACAUUCCUGCUGAGGUUCUGCUUAGGUAGAGGCCGUGUUUAGUUUGGUUGAGUUUGGUCUGGACAUUGCCAGAAAAAAAAGUUUUUUUAGUUUUAGUGAAGUAGCUCUUGUAACUCUUUAGAACCUUCUCUUUUUAGCCUAUUCUUAUACAGUCAUUUUCCUGCAUUACAGGAUGUUUUAAAUGGUGAUUUCUAGGGCUGGACCCGAAUAUUCGGGUAUUCGGAUAUUCGUUCGUUGAGUAGGUAUUCGGUUUUUAAUUUUGGUAUUCGGAUAUUCGUUUUUUUUCUCCUUUCCAGAGUUCCACCUCACUCUAACCACUUCUGUUCUCGCGGGUCCCGUCAGAAUAUCUUGCGCGCGGGACAGAACUGAACUGUUAUUGGCUGGAGCGGGAGUUUAAUCCAGACGAUGCGGGAGCAAAUUAAUAAAUAGUUAAGAAAACUGUAAUAAUUGUAAAAAAAAAAAAACCUAAAGAAAACUCUCAACGCGCAGGAUGGACCGACACACACACGCACACACCGAUGGUGUUUGGACUG